GGAGCUUCUGGGAUCUUCAGACGUCACGACUGAAUGUAUAAAUUGAAUCUGCUGCCAUUGGAUACAUUUCCUUUCGUAUUUUGAGCAAACAUGUGAGCUCUGUGUACAUACAUUGUCUUUUAUCUCGCAUUGGUACCAGCUCUCCCACCUGAGGGGUCGUUUUUAUCUCCAGAAAACGUUUUCUUAUCUCCCUUUUCAAUGGUCAAAUAAGUCAUCUUAGAGUUCUUAAACAUCUUUGCUCACAUCAUGAGGUUCUUACGAGCCAGUUCCAUGUUUUGGAUCACAACCACGAUUCUCUUGAUCGCAUUAGUCUUCACUGCCAUCUAUGUGUACUUGGUUUAUCAUCUGGGACCAUCGCAUUGGUCCAUUAGUAACCGGUUCAUUUUGGUUUUCGAGUAUGCUCGCGUUUUUCGCCGUUCAAGGGGUCAUGAUCCAAGCCAAAGCCGGCAUCACGGGUCAGUCCAAGCCGUCCAUAAUCUUGAACAAUGCCUACUUUAUUCUCAUGGCCGUGAUUUUCCUCGAGAUUGCGGCCAGUUGGGACGUUUAUGGCCGUGGCGACGUGGGCCUUUGGAGCAUGUCAAUCAUUGUGAUGUGUAUUUUGAAUGUUUACUGCCUUUCCACUUCGGGUCCCUCGCCUCCUCCCUCGAAGAAGAAGAACAGAGUGAUCCAUCCCAUUUCUGAGCAAUCUAGACUGAUCAGCGACUCCAGUGAUGACUUGGAUAUUCUCUACGAUGGCCGGCGAUCCAAUAGUGAUGGUUGGGGUUGUUGUGGUUGGGUACUCUUCUAUUUCAAUUGUGGACUCAAGCUGCUGGUCUUGGUAUUUGCUUGCUUGCUCAUGAAAGGAGCAAUCGCCCAUGGAAUGGGGAUUCAGCACCAUGCACCCAAAGAAGGAGAGUUCCUGGAUCUUCCCUUGGGCCCCGCUACAUAUCCGGACACACAAUCCAUUUACUACCGUUGCGAAGGCAACUCGACCGAGUAUCCCACCCUUAUUCUUGAACAUGAUAUCAGUCACGGAAUGGUCGAGUGGUUGGGCAUAUUUCCUCUUCUCGUCCAGGAUGGCUUCAGAGUUUGCAUUUGGGACAAACCAGGUACUGGAUUCUCUGAAUACGCCUUUCGCCAUCAAUUCAGACCGAAAUAUUACUAUUCAAAAUUCAUUCAAGCACUCGCCGAGGAAGAGCCUGAUUUUCAAGGUCCAUAUGUGUUCAUAGGAGGCAGCACCGGUGGAGGUCAAAUUGUCCUCCAGCUUGCUCAAGCCAACCCUUCGCUUGUUUCUUCUGUCAUUCUUUUGGAUGCCCUCACGCCCAAUUUCAGCCUAAAAUCCUUGGUCACCCUAAAAAAUGUGACGGAAACCCAACGAGACCUCAUUUGGCAUCAAGCGAUUGACACCAAUCGAAAGCUCCUCGGUAUCUUCAACAGCGUUGCUGUACCUUUCGGUUUGAUGAGUAGUUUCGUUCCUCAAAAGCCUACCAACAAUAAGUACUGGUCCUUGGACGAUCGAAUGGAGCAACGAUGGCAAUCCAUAACCGAGAAGACGUGGAUCAUCAAAUAUUGGGAGCCGUCAUUCUCAGCCAAAAACUUGAAUUCAAGCCUGCCUAUCGAUCCGAGGAUUCCUGUCCAUGUCAUCAUGUCAGCAUUAUCAGAUGCACAAAUUGAAAGGCACGUUUGUCGGGACAAUCGCGAUUUUGAGGACAACCUCAGUGAGAGCGAUUGCCACUUCAAGAAGGCACAGAACAAACUGGCCAUUAUGGAGAAGCGAUCUCUUGCCCAAAAUGGGGGACGCAUCGUCGAAUGCACACAAGAUUAUUGUGGACUAGACUAUUUCAUUUAUGAAGAUCCCGCUUACACGCUUAAUCUAAUAAGGCAACUGAUCCUCAAUGAGCCCAUUUAGGUCUAUUACUCAUAAUCUACUGAACGAUUAUGCAUCUCCCGAAUUCGAGCCAAAUACGGCCCCUGAUGCAUACUAACAUGAUUGUCAGGCCCAUUUGGUUGACCCUCAUUCGGUGUGUGUGGUUUGCUUGGCCUUGACUAAUGCAACCCUUUCGUGUCCUGAAAAAUGUGUAGCUAUCAAAUUGAUCAUUGUCAUCAUUGAAAUACACAUUCGAAUCACUUUUUUGAUCCCAA